CCAUGAUGCAUGAGUUAGACGGCGCAGGGACGCCCCUGCCCUUCGAUGAUCAUCACCACGCGGUAGAUGAGCCGAGGAACGCCUUAGUCUCCGGAAGGAGCCUAGAAUGUGGGUGAUAGCUAAGCCUAGCUACCAUUAUCCUUACCUUGCGAGCCUGGUCACGGGCGAUGGUGUUCCUCCAGCCAUGCGACCGAUCUUUGGUGUUUCACUCUCGUCUUGUCCUUCCUUCACGGGUUUGCGGCGCCUUCCUGCUUUUUCCCUAUCCUUGUACCUUGCUUGCUUUCUCGCAACCGGAUCCUCUAGGGCCUUGCCGUGGACCUUCUGCGUUGAGAUCGGCCUAUUUCCUUAUCCAUGCGCCCAUCCGUCAUCAGUCCCAUGCGAGAAUUUUCCAUCAACUCUUUUAGAUGGUGGGCGAAAAACUAUGCGUUUUCCGCCAUGUUCUGCGAAUCCUCCUGCUGUCCUUCAUACAAGAAUGCCGCUGACUAAUGCAUGGAGUUGGCGCAUGGAAGCCCAUCAUGGACUGGUUCAUCAUCAUCGCCCUCAUCAUGGUCUAGUAGCUAUUGGGAUCCAUGGAGGGGUUUUGGAUUCUGGACGUCUCGCCGAAUUGGAAGAGCGGCGAGUUGAUGCUGCCUGGCAGCAUUAUCUCCGCGCCGCGGAUCAUCCCUCCAGGCUGCUGGGUCACCAUACCAGCCUCCAAGGCCGGUAUUUGCUGGGCAGGCUACCGGAGGCCUUCUCCGUCAACGCGGGUAUAUGAUCUACAGUUAUACCCCUAUGUGAUUCCUAUGAAGAAUAAAUGGCGUGCUUAUUAUUUUUAUAUUCCUGAUAUUUAUAAAAAUUGGUAUUAUUU